GCUGGCUCAGUCCGCGAGUCGGCGAGGAUGACGAAAAAGUUCGAGUUCAACUGGCAGCGCGAGGUGCCCGCGCUGCUGCUCAACGGCACCGUCUGCGAUCGCUGGGUCGAGACGAAGGAGAACACCGAGUUCGAAGCCAACUGCCUCUUCAAGGUCGACAAGUACGGCUUCUUCUUGUACUGGAAGAGCGAUGGCAAGGACGGGGACGUCAUCGAGCUCGCGCAGGUCAGCGAUAUCCGCUACGGCGGCGUGCCCGUGGAGCCCAAGCUGAUGAACAAGAUGAGCAAGCACGGAACGGCCGAGCAGAUCGACGAGAAGAGCAUCACGGUCUGCUCAGGCAUCGACUACACCAACAUCUUCUACCAGCAUCUCAUCUGCCCGGACGCCAAGACCGCGAAGGACUGGCAGGCCGGGCUGCGCUACAUCACGCACAACACCAAGGCGAGCAACGUGUGCCCGACGACGCAGCUGAUGAAGCACUGGAUGAAGCUGAGCUUCCAAGUCGAUCCGAAGGGCAAGGUCCCCGUCAAGGUCAUCACCAAAACCUUCGCUUCUGGCAAAACGGAGAAGCUCGUCUUCCAGGGCCUCAAGGAGCUGGGACUCCCGGACGGAAAAAACGACAAGAUCGAGCCCGAAGCCUUCACGUUCGAAAAGUUCUACGCCCUCUACCACAAGAUCUGCCCCCGAAACGACAUCGAGGAGCUCUUCGGAUCCAUAACGAAAGGCAGGGCCGAGCACAUAACGCUGGAGCAGCUGGUGCAGUUCAUGAACGAGAAGCAGAGGGAUCCCAGGCUCAACGAAAUCUUGUACCCCCUCUACACCGACAAAAGAUGCACGGAAAUCAUCAACGAUUACGAGCGCGACGAGGCGGCCAGGAACGCAAAGAAACUGUCAAAGGACGGAUUCAUCAGAUACCUCAUGUCGGACGAAAACGCGCCGGUCUUCCUGGAGAAGCUCGACGAGUGGAUGGAGAUGGACCAGCCCUUGUCCCACUACUACAUAAACUCGAGUCACAACACCUACCUCAGCGGCAAGCAAAUCGGCGCCAAGAGCAGCGUCGAGAUGUACCGGCAAACGCUACUGGCCGGCUGCAGAUGCGUCGAGCUCGAUUGCUGGGACGGCAAGACGCCGGACGACGAGAUCAUCAUCACUCACGGCAAAGCCAUGUGCACGGACAUUCUGUUCAAGGACGCGCUGAUGGCCAUCCGCGACUGCGCCUUCGUCACCUCCGAGUACCCCGUGAUCCUCAGCAUAGAGAACCACCUCUGCAUGUCGAACCAGUACAAGAUGGCCAAGUACUUUGACGAGAUAUUCGGCGAGCUUCUGCUGAAGGAGGCUCUUCCGGAUUACCCGCUGUACGUCGAGGGACAUCCGCUGCCACCUCCCUGCGCCAUGAAGCGCAAGAUUCUGAUCAAGAACAAGCGCUUGAAACCAGAGGUGGAGAAGGUCGAGCUUGAGCUUUUCCUCUCGGGCAAGUUCGAGGCCAAGGACGAGGUGGUCGAGGACGCGACCGCCGCAGCCCCGCCGACCGCGGAGGCACCACCGGCUCCUCCAGCGGAUGCCCCACCCGGAGAUCCUGCAGCCGCCGGAGGCGAGGCAGCCGCGGCGCCGGCUUACACCGGCAGCGCGACGUCCUGCCAUCCCCUUCUGUCGUCCAUGAUCAACUACGCGCAGCCCGUCAAGUUCCAGAGCUGGGAGCACGCCGAGAAAAAGAAUAUCCACCACAACAUGUCAUCGUUUGAAGAGACCAAGGCUCUGAAUUAUCUGAAAACGUCGGGCGUUGAAUUCGUCAAUUACAACAAGCGUCAGAUGAGCAGAAUUUACCCAAAGGGUACCCGAGUGGAUUCCUCCAAUUACAUGCCCCAGGUGUUCUGGAACGCCGGCUGUCAGAUGGUGGCUCUCAACUUUCAGACUCCGGAUUUGCCCAUGCAGCUCAAUCAGGGCAAAUUCGAGUACAACAACACGACGGGCUAUCUGCUCAAGCCGGAUUUCAUGCGCAGGCCCGAUCGAAGCUUCGACCCCUUCUCGGAAGGUGUGGACGGCGUUAUCACUGCGACUUGCUCCGUCAGGGUGAUUGCCGGCCAAUUUUUGUCCGAUAAGAAAGUCGGAACAUACGUCGAAGUGGACAUGUACGGCCUGCCCGCAGACACCAUAAAAAAAGAGUUCAGAACGCGCAUGAUCCCGGCCAACGGCUUGAAUCCGGUCUACAACGAGGAGCCGUUCGUAUUCCGCAAAGUCGUACUGCCGGAUUUGGCUGUAUUGAGAAUCGGUGUUUAUGAAGAAAGCGGAAAACUACUCGGGCAGAGAAUUCUGCCUCUCGACGGUUUGCAGGCGGGCUACAGGCACAUCUCCCUAAAAACUGAAGCCAACUUCCCCAUGGCUCUACCGAUGUUGUUCUGUAACAUCGAACUGUCGAUCUAUGUGCCUGAUGGCUUUGGAGAUUUCAUGGCGAUGCUGUCGGAUCCGGGAGCAUUCACUAAGGGAGCAGAAAAACGAGAUGAGGCCAUGAAGGGGCUCGGUAUCGAGCAGACCGACGCGAAGACCGAGGAAAAAAAGAAGAAGGAGGAAGAGGAGAGAAAAAAGAGAGAGGAAUUCAAAUUGCCGCCUUGCACCUAUGAAAAUCUUCGCCGAGAGAAGUUCUUUAAACUGGGAAAGAAGAUGAACAAAGAAUUCGACACGAUGAAGAAGAGGCAUCUGAAGGAGCAGCAAACGAUGCAGAAGAAUCACUGCACCGCUAUCGAGAAGCUGACAAAGGGAAAAGAUAAGAGCGCGCUUAUUAACGAUGCUAGCAUUAAGAAACUCAUUAGCGAGCAAACGACUCAAUGGACGCAGAUGAUGGAGAAACAGCGAAAGGAAGAGUGGGAACUUCAGAAAGUUCAACUGGAAGCUUCGAAAGAGGAGAUUAAAGCCUGCAUUCCGGCUGUGCAAGCCAACCAGGUUAAGCUGUUAGAGGCGAAGCUUGCCAAGGACAUCAAGGAAAUGAAUGCCAAUCAAGCGAAAGUAUCGGCCGAAACGGUCAAAGAAGUUAUGAAUGACAAAGCUUUGAAGACAAAGGGCGACAAGGACAGAAGGCUUAAGGAGAAGAAGGCGAACAACAUAAAGAAAUUCAUGGACGAGCGGAAAAACAUCGCCAUAAAGCAGGGCCGGGAGAAGGAAAAGCUAACGAAAACCCACGAGAAGCAGGCUAAGGAGAUCGAUAUGGAUCUCGCAGGGUGUCUGGACAUGUGGUCGAACGAGGCGGCUCAGAUGGAGAUUUCUGCAAAGACCGAGUUCUAUGUGUGAGAUCCAACGAGACAAAGGCAACGCCAUUUCAAUUUAGAAGAUUUUACAAUUUUCAGACACGUAUUUUGCUAUGCAUAUUAAGCUCUUGUACUUUGUUUAAAUUGUUGAAAUUUUCUCGUAUUCCAUAUAUUGUAUACCUCGCCGCUACUCGAAUUUCUACGAACGGGAUGCGGAGAAAGAUUUUCCUGCAGCGCGACGCGUUUAUAAUAUAAACACGUCGCUUUGAUUUCCUUGUGUGUGCAUUGCGGAUGAGAAUCGACGACUGUACAGUCGACGAGAUAAUCGGCCCGCGCCUGGAGCGGCUUUCGGACGUGUGCGCAGUGCAGCAACAGUCGGGGCGAUAUAUUUUGCAAUCGCAUCGCUCCGUCGACUGGCACCCGCGCGUGCAUCUCGAUAAGCGCAGAGGCGAAGAAUAAACGAAGAAGCAGAGGCGAGAGACGCGAACCGAUAGCGUGCCGGCGCAUCGCAUGCGUGCUCCCGGGGAGAAAACGGAAGCGUAAGGCCGCCGCGAUUGAAUAGUCAUUGAACAGGUGAAACAGUUAUAAGGCUUCCGCUUGUGCGGCGCAAGAGAUCGCCUUUGUGCGCAAGGCUGCGUAUGUGUGCGUGUGUGUGUGUCUGUGAGUGCGCGCGGAGAAACGAGUUUAGAAAGCUUUUGCGUACGCUCCUGAUAAGCUGCAGACAGCGAUACACUUUUGUGCAUUGCUUUUUGUUGUUACGAGCGCGCGAGAGAGGAGCGGGGAGACAAGAAUUUAUUUUUCGAAAGCAUUCUUCGAGUGUUCGUCCAACGUAUACUCACUGCAAUGUAUAUUACUUUUGGACAAAGUACGUUUGAAAGACUCGCUGAUGUUAACUAUCGAGUUGAUCUCGGACGGUGAUAAAUGUUUAUUUUGAAAAUAAAAGAUGCAGUCACAUAUACCUGUA